AUGGAAUGGAAGAAGUGUUAUUUGGAUGUAAUAUUGGUUCCAUUGGCAAUUCUAUUAAGCAUUGGUUACCAUGUUUGGUUGUGGUAUAAUGUUAGAACUCAUCCACAUACAACUAUCAUUGCCAUCAAUGCUAAUGGGAGAAGGAAUUGGGUUGCUGCUAUGAUGAAGGACAACGAGAAGAAAAACAUCCUAGCUGUUCAAACACUAAGGAACACACUAAUGGGUUCAACCCUAAUGGCCACAACCUCCAUUCUUCUCUGUUCAGGCUUAGCAGCAAUCAUAAGCAGCACCUACAGCGUUAAGAAACCACUCAACGACACAGUUUAUGGCGCACAUGGAGAGUUCAUGGAAGCACUUAAAUACGUGACACUUCUAACCAUUUUCCUAUUCUCAUUCUUCUGUCAUUCUCUUUCCAUAAGGUUCAUAAACCAAGUGAAUAUCCUAAUCAACACACCACAGGAUUCAAUGUCUUUGGUAACACCAUCUUAUGUUAGUGAAAUGUUGGAGAGAGGUUUCACUUUAAACACUGUUGGAAAUAGACUCUUCUAUUCAGCACUUCCUAUGUUGCUGUGGAUUUUUGGACCUGUUUUGGUGUUCCUGUGUUCUCUUACUAUGGUUCCUUUGCUUUAUAACCUUGACUUUGUGCUUACUAAGGGAAAGAUGGACCCAAAUGAGAAUAGGGAUUUUGUUUAA